UAUUUGCUUGUCUUUUACUCAUACAAGUUAAACUAUACUGGUUUUAUAAUCUGAAGCCACUUUUUUUAUUCAAGAGUCAACAAAUAUUUUUCUCUAGAAAAACAAUUUUUGAACGAAGAUGAGUUUUCCGAAGUCACUCAAAGAGGGGAUUCAGAACUUGGAGAAGAAAACUGGAGAGAAAGCGAGCGAAAUGAAAAAGGUGCAAUUGUACGCACUGAUGCUGGAGAAAAUGGACGCUUCUCUGUCAACGCUGACUUCGUGUGAGCAUCUGCAGCUGUCCACCAAUUGCAUUGAGAAGAUUGCCAAUCUGAACGGACUGAAGAACCUCAAGAUUCUCUCGCUAGGCAGAAACAACAUCAAAGCCCUCACUGGUUUGGAGGCAGUCGCCGACACCUUAGAGCAGCUGUGGAUCUCGUACAACUUGAUUGAGAAACUGAAGGGCAUCGGGGUGCUGAAGAAACUGGUGAUCCUGUUCAUCACCAAUAACCUCGUCAAGUCCUGGGACGAGUUCAGCAAACUCAAGGACUGCCCCAACCUCGUCGACCUCAACUUCGUCGGCAACCCUCUGGAGGAGGAGGCGAGUGCUGCCGAGACAUACAGAGACAAGGUUGCGAAGAUGCUGGGCAAACUGAAGAAACUCGACGGGGUUCCUAUCGUCCGAGACGAAGAGUGAACACUGAAAAUGAUGGAAAAGUGCGGAAGAAAAAAGUAGAGCAAACAAUUCCAUUAUACAAUUAGUUUAUCUUUGUUUUGUCUAUUGAAAUUUAAUUUUUUCAAUAA